CCAAUUAAGCUGGGGAAUAAGACGACGCAGCAACGGUAGCAGAAGAAGAAUUUACCUCCAUGUCCAUGAGUCGUACGGUUCGGUUCGGUCGCGAUUUGCGCUUCCACUCGUGUCAAUGUUGACCCACGUUCGCCGGAGCUUGGGCUCCGCUCGCCUGGCCGCCGUCGCCGCCGGGGCGUCGCCUCCGCUCCGCCGAAGGUGCUCGGCGUGUCCCCCGGAAGUAAGCGCCGCGCGCGUCCGCAAAACAUUCGUGGACUUCUUCGAAGGAGAACACGGACACCUGCGGGUCCCGUCCUCGCCGGUCCGGCCCAGAGGGGACCCCAGUCUGCUCUUUGUCAACGCCGGAAUGAACCAGUUCAAGCCCAUCUUGUUGGGUACGGCGGACCCUCGCGGCGCCAUGGCGUCAUACCGCCGCGUGGUCAACAGUCAGAAGUGCGUACGGGCGGGCGGCAAGCACAACGACCUGGACGACGUGGGCAAGGACGUUUACCACCACACCUUCUUCGAGAUGCUGGGAAACUGGUCCUUCGGCGACUACUUCAAAGAAGAGGCGUGCGCCACGGCUUGGACGCUGCUGACGGAGCGUUACGGUAUCGCGCCCGACCGGCUCUACGUGUCUUACUUUGCGGGCGACGUCGCUUCGGGGAUGCCGGCCGACGAGGAGACUCGCCACAUCUGGCUGGAUCUCGGGGUGCCUCCGGACCGUCUUCUCCCGUUCGGGAUGAAGGAGAACUUCUGGGAGAUGGGCGACACGGGCCCGUGCGGCCCCUGCACCGAGAUCCACUACGACCGUGUGGGGGGACGAAACGCCGCCGCCUUGGUCAACGCCGGACACCCGGACGUGCUAGAAAUCUGGAACCUGGUCUUCAUGCAGUACAGCCGGGAGAGCGACGGGGAGCUGCGUUUCCUGCCCGCCCGCAGCGUGGACACGGGCAUGGGUCUGGAGCGGCUAGUGAGCGUCCUCCAGGGCAAAAGCUCCAACUACGACACCGACCUGUUCACCCCGCUGAUGGAGGCCAUCCGCCUGAAAAGCGGCGCUCCGGCGUAUGGCGGGCGCACGGGGCCCGGGGAGCGGCUGGACACUGCAUAUCGGGUGGUGGCCGACCACGCGCGGGCGCUGGCCGUCUGCAUCGCCGACGGGGUCCAUCCCGGCAUGUCGGGCGCCGAGUUGGUGCUGAGGAAGAUCCUGAGGCGGGCGGUCCGUUUCUGCGCCGAGGUCCUGCGGGCGCCUCCGGGGACGCUGGCCAGCCUGGUGCCCCACGUGGCGUGUAGCCUGGGUGACGUUUACCCGGAGCUGCGACAUGAAGCAGAGCGGGCCAUGGACAUCAUUAACGAGAACGAGGAGCAAUUCCUGUCCAGUCUGCGGCGGGGACGCGGGCUCAUCCGACGCACCCUGCGGACUUUGGAUCCGCAACACCAGACGCUCUUUCCCGCGCGGGUGGCGUGCUCGUUGCACCGGGACCUGGGCUUCCCCCUGGACUUGAUCCAGCUGGUGCUGGACGAGGAGGGCGCGGCCGUGGACCGGGACGAGGUGGAGCGCCUGCUCGCCGACGAGCGAAACCGGGCCGCGGCGGAGCAGCCCGGCGACGACGCGGACCUGACGGUGGGCGCGCUCGCCCUGGACCGGCUUCGCCAAAUGGGCGUGGCUCACACCGACGACGCUCCCAAAUACGAGUACCGCCUACGAGGACGACGAUACGAGUUCCAAGUGUGUCGAGCCCGCGUGCUGGCUAUGUUAGACGGGGAGGUGUCGGUGUCUCAAGCAGAGCCGGGGCGGCGUUGCGCCGUCGUUCUGGACCGGACGUCCUUCUACGCCGAGCAGGGGGGACAGGACGCCGACCGCGGCUACUUUGUACGGGAUGACCUGCAGGAAGUGCCCUUCUCUGUGGAGGCCGUGUCAAAAGCGGGGGGUUACGUCUUCCACUGGGUGACCGCCGCCGACGCCCUCCGGACCGGGGAUGUCGUGCACCUCCAUCUAGACCAGGCCCACCGCGUGGCGUGCAUGAGGAACCACACGGCAACGCACCUGCUAAACUUCGCCCUGCGGGACGUCCUGGGCCCGUCCGUCCAGCAGCGAGGCUCGCACGUGUCGGCCCGGCGCCUUCGCUUUGACUUCAGUGUCAAGGGCUCGCCCAGCGCCGCUCAGCUUCAGCAAGCGGAGGCUGUCGUCUCGGAGGCGGCGGCCGCCGACGGAGCCGUAAGUGUCCGGGAGCUCCCCCUGGAGGACGCCUUGGCCAUCGAGGGCGUCCGCACGGUCGACGAGGCGUAUCCGGACCCGGUCCGAGUGGUCUCGGCGGAGCUUUCGGACGGCGCCCGACGGACGUCGGUGGAACUCUGCUGCGGAACACACCUGGCGCGGACGGCGGCCAUCGGCGACCUGGUCAUCGUGUCGGAGCGGCAGCUGGUCAAAGGGAUCAGUCGCGUGGUGGCCGUGACCGGAACGGACGCCGAGCAGGCUCGCGAAGCGGGACGAUCGCUCGUCGACCAGGUGGAAUCGCUGGAGGCCCGUCUCGCCGGCUCCGCCUCUUCCUGUCUUGACUCCGCCCGCCGUCUCGCCAAGGAAGUAGGCAUCGUGUCUGACGUGGCGGACAACACGCCCGUCCCCCAGUGGCAGCGAACGGAAGCGCGGGCUCGCCUGAAAGCGCUGCAGAGGCGGAGCAACACGGCGGUCCGCAAGCUGGAGGCCAAGCAGGCGGCGCUGGACGCUCAGCUGGUUCUUGGCGCCAAUGGGCAGGAAGAUGUGCUGGUGGACGUCGUGGACACCGCGUCCUUGGCGGUAUUGAUGAAGACGGUGAACGCGGUGAGCUCGGCGCGUCCUUCGGCCCACGUCAUGCUGCUGGCUCUCCAAAAAUCUUCCGGCAAAAUCCUGUGCGCCUGCCAGGUUCCUAAGGAUUCACCGGCGUUCCCCGCCUCUCGUUGGGCGGAGGCCGUCUGUCGGUGGCUGGGCGGCGAAGGCGGCGGCUCGGCGACGGUGGCGCGCGGAAUGGGACGCGCCGGUGCCGGCGACACGGUCGGCGCGCUAAGGUGGGCCGAGGCCUUCGCACGUCGCUUCUUAUCUUCGUUUCCCGAACGUACGGAGAGUGCGGCGGCGGGACCCGAGCGGUGAGAUUGUAAACUAUUGCUGUCAUUAACGAUUAUUUUUAUAAUAACUGCGAAAAACGAGGGAUGACUGUACCUUCACAAUUUCACUUGAAGUUGUUUUCAUCAUGUUGUAAAAAAGUAACAAUGAAGACACAAUGGAUGACUAUUUCCUUCCUUCCUGACUUAACUCAAUUCUGCAAUUGUACUGUUUUAAGUGCAUAAAGCUUGUUCGAGUUAUUAAUAAAGGUUUUGAAUAUGUAACAUAAAAAGAUUUUUUUCAGUACACAAAGCAGAAAAAAGUCAUGUUCAUUUAAAUUAAAAAAAAAAGUGUUGAUGAUUGACAUUGUUUUUCUAGUGGGCAAAGCGUUAAUAUAAAUGGUGUCAAUGACUUACUGAUUUUCUUUAAAACAACUACUGUAAUUUUCCGACUAUAAGACACUACUUUUUCCCUUCAUUUUGAAUUAUGUCACUAACUCGAUUUAUGUCCAGCUGGGAUUUUUUACAUCCAUUCAAAAAAAGUGAGAUCAUUUGCCAGAUGACACAAAAUGAUAACUGUCAUAAGCAUUUAUUAAUGUUCAUGGCAGUGUCAUAUCAUAAUUAUGACUGUCUUGUGGCGCCACUGUAAAAGAAAGUGUUACCAAAUUACAUAACUAGCAAUUAAUGAAACAACUGGAACAGAAACUGAAGAAAUAAUUAGCACAGAACAUGAAUUUUGACUGUUAUUUACAUCGGUAGCGCUGCAAUGCAUGCGAGGAGGCAUGUUGGCCGACAACAGUGUUAAUAACAGGUGGCAGCAGAGGUUGACUGUUUCCCGUAAGGGAGCAGUGAUGGCCAAAUGAAGCUUCUUGAAGCAUUGCAGCCAAUUGGCUCAAAGCUUCAUGGUGGUUCAUUUGGUUUUAUGACAAUUGUAUGAUGCCGCUGUCAAAUAAACUGUUACCGGUUGAAGGAAUCUGACCUUCAAGCUAGAUUGCCAGAAUCAUGGCAGCCAAACCACCGGACCCGGGCUGGCGGGACACCAACAACCAGGCCGAUCACGUCAUUUUCAAAGUAUCGGAAUCGGCAAAAAAAUAUCGGACAUGCCUUUUUUUAAUAUAUGCCGGAAUUUUCGGACUACAAGCCGCUACUUUUUUUCUUCAUUUUGAAUCCUGCGGCUUAUAGUCCAGUGCGGCUUAUUUGUUGAUUUAUUUUUGUUCAUAAGAACUUCAUGAUUAUGACAUGACACUAUCAUUGGCAUUACUGAAUGCUUAUGACAGAUGUCAUUAAUAGAAGUCCCAGAGAAUUCUGGAGCAUAGGUAUUUGUAUUGGGAAAGUCCAAAUGGACCUCACCUGGGCAUUCUAGCGAUAAUUAUUAAGUGUCAUCAGCAAAAUUCCAUUAAUGCCCAGCUCGGAGCUUUUACAUCCAUUCAAAAGUGAGAUAAUUUGCCCAAUAACACUAAAUGACAUCUGUUAUAAGCACUCAUUGAUGCUCAUGACAGUCUUAUGUCAUAACUAUGAUUGUCUAAUGUCAGUCUUAUGGCACCACUGUCAAAUAAAGUGUUACCAAAUUCCAUAACUAGCCAUUAAUGAAACAACUGGAACAGUAACUGAAGAAAUAAUUAGCACAGAACAUGAAUUGAAAUUGUAAUUUAUAUCUGCAGCGCUGCAAUGCAUGCUAGGAGGCAUGUUGGACAAAAAGAGUGUUGACAGCAGGUGGUCGCAGAGGUUGACUGUCUCCCCCAAAGGAGCAGUGAUGGCCAAAUAAGGUUUCUUGUAGCAAUGAAGCUUUCAAGCGAAUUGGUUCAAAGUUACAUGUUGGAUCAUUUGGUCUUAUGACAGUCUUAUGAUGCAUCUGUCAAAUAAAGUGUUACCGGUUAAUAUCUUUUGGUGUAAAUAUCCCAUG